AAAAUAUACUGAGGCAAAGAAUUAUUCGUAAAGUUGCCAGACAGUUGAGAGCUAGUGUAUAGUAAGUGAAAAUAAAUUUGUUUAUAAAUUUUUUAUAACGAUAUAAUAUAUUUUAGUGGUUUCAAAAACCUAAAAAAUGAAUGAAGCAUAUUUAGAGAUAUAUUCAUUGACUGAUUUAUGCCUUGCUCCAAUAGAAACAGUUAUAACUCUUUUUACAAUAAAAUAUUGCAAUUCUGAAAUCAAUAUUAAAUUGAUUCAAACUAAACAAAAGUUAAAUGAAUGUGCAUAUAUUGUAGAUAUAUCUCAAUUUGUAUAUGAAAUUAUAGAUAAAAAUGAGAUUCCUCAUGAUGUAAAUUCUUGUGAAUUACCUAGUAUAGUUUUAAAUAAAACAAGUUACAUAGCAGGACUUUGUGCUAUACUAAGACAGAUUAUAAAAACAACUCUUAUAGAUUGUCCAUUACAUUACUGUAGAUCUUUGUUGGGAUUUAAAGAGUCAUGCUUAUUAGCUUGCUUGGAAAGCAGUGUCUGGACUAAGUUUUGUGAAAUAGAUAUGAUUAACAUGUUAAAAUUUCUUGAUUUAGAUAGUUCGAAUGAAGUAGAAUUGCCUCAUAGCCUUGCAAGAUUUGAAUGUCAUAUGUCGCAACCGUUAAGGAUACAUAAUUUGUACAAAUAUGUAGAGUUUAAGAAAAAUAGUGCACAAGAUGUAAUAACAGAAUAUAAAGCUCAAAUACCAGAACAUAAAUAUGCAGAAGGUUCUUAUAUUACAUUAGCUGAUAUAAUUAUUUUUGUUUGCGUGCAUAUAUUGCUUACAACAUAUUCGAGUGAUGCAAUACUCAAAUUAUUACCAUUGAUAACUAAGUGGUACGGGCGAAUGGUGCAAGAUCAUAUUAUACUGGAAUGUUUAAGUUGCUUAUCUAUUCAAGAAAAGAAAAUUAAUAAUGAAAUUAAUUAUAUACUUCCUCAAGUUUCUAAUGAAAGUUUAUAUAAAAGUGAUCCCAAAAGAUAUAAACCAAAAAGUCGUAUCUACACAAAACAAAAAGACAUAGAAUAUUCCAUGCAAAUUAUCCAUAAUGCAGAAAUUAUAAGUGAACUUGAUGUAGAAACUUAUGGUGCAGAAAUAUGUUUUGACUGGACAAAUAUUCCUUUUGAUAUAACUCCAGAAGGUGGAUCUUUACCGCCUUCUCGUCUGAAAAGAAAAUCUCAACAGUUGGAAAACUUAUGUAAACCUGUUAUAAAAUUAGCAAAAGCAGGUGAUGUUAUUGUAGAUUUUUGUUCUGGUAGUGGUCACCUUGGAGUCUUACUUGCAUAUCUCUUACCAAACUGUACUGUAAUAUUAUUAGAAAAUAAAGAACAGUCUUUAAAUAGAGCAAAAGAAAGAGUGAAGCUGCUGAAAUUGACUAAUAUUAAAUUUUAUCAGUGUAAUUUGGAUUAUUUUAAAGGAAAUUUUAAUAUAGGUAUAUCUUUACAUGCUUGCGGAGUAGCAACUGAUUUAGUUAUUCAACAAUGUAUCAAAAAAAAUGCUAUUUUUGUAAGUUGUCCAUGUUGUUAUGGAUCAUUACACAAUUGUCAUCAUUUAACAUAUCCAAGAAGUGAUGUUUUUAAGAAACACAUAAACAACAAACAAUAUUUGACUCUUAGUCAUGCUGCAGAUCAAACACACGAUAAAUUGAAUGCUAAAACUCAACAAGGAUAUGAAUGUAUGGCUAUUAUAGACACUGAUAGGAAAUUACAAGCAGAGCAAUUUAAUUAUUCAGUAUAUCUUGGUAAAUUAAUACCAGAGACAUGUACACCUAAAAAUCACAUAUUAGUUGGAAUCCCUAAAAAAACAUGUAUGAAAAAUUAGAACAUUAACAUUAAAAAAUAUUUUUUCAAUAUAAUUUGUAAUGUAAUAUCAAAUAAAAAUGUUUGUACAACGAAUUUUACGGUACAAAUAAAUAUGCGUAAAUUAUA